AUGGGUGCCUGUAUGAGUUCGAACAAUGAGGAGGUGGAACAGAAGAAGAAGAGCCAGGCCAUCGACAGGCAACUAGAAGAGGACUCCAAGAGGUUACGAAGAGAAUGCAAGAUUCUCCUGCUCGGAUCCGGCGAAAGUGGAAAGUCGACCAUUGUGAAACAGAUGAAAAUCAUUCACUUGAAGGGCUACUCCGAAGAUGAGCUGUACAACUACAGACCGACCGUCUUCAAGAACUUGGUCGAGUGCGCAAAAGCCGUCAUCCAGGCAAUGCGACAGUUCGACAUCGAACCCGUCAUCGAGGAAAACAAGGCCUACGCCACAUUUUUGAUGGAAUACACCGCCGAGUCCGGGCCUCAGGCGAACAUCGACCCCCAAAUCGGCAUCGCCAUCCAGUCAAUAUGGAGCGAUCCGGCAAGGGAACAGCUCAUGGAGAGGCAAACCGAGUUUUAUCUGAUGGAUUCCGCAGAAUACUUCUUCCAAGAAGUCAUGCGCAUCGUCGUACCGGACUAUCUCCCAAACGAGAUGGACGUUCUCCGCGCGAGAACAAAGACGACCGGUAUCUACGAGACGAGAUUCCAAAUGGGCCAGCUCAGCAUACACAUGUUUGACGUGGGCGGCCAGCGAAGCGAAAGGAAGAAGUGGAUUCACUGCUUUGAAAACGUCACAUCCAUCAUCUUUUGCGUAGCCUUGAGCGAGUACGAUCAGGUCCUGCUCGAGGAGAGCAGUCAGAAUCGAAUGAUGGAGAGCUUGCUCCUGUUCGACUCCGUCGUCAACUCGAGAUGGUUUAUGCGGACCAGCAUCAUCCUGUUCCUCAACAAGGUCGAUAUCUUCAAGCAGAAGCUUGGGCGGUCACCGCUGGGCAACUACUUCCCGGACUACUCGGGCGGCAACGACGUGAACAAGGCGGCCAAGUAUCUGCUGUGGCGCUUUAAUCAAGUAAACAGAGCACACCUGAAUCUAUAUCCCCACCUGACUCAAGCAACCGACACAUCGAAUAUCCGACUAGUGUUUGCGGCAGUAAAGGAGACGAUUCUCAACAACGCCCUGCGAGACUCGGGAAUCCUAUGA